GCGAGACAUCUGCGCCGUCUCUAGUCUUGUGAAAGAACUCGUCAAGCUACGGGUCCCCCAGCCGGUCGAGGAGGGUCGCUCCGGAGCAUCACCGAGGGACGUCCUCCUCUCCCAUCCACACGAGCCGGUACCGGCAGUACCGCGCACAAUUAGUUGCAAGCAUGGCGGAUGAUUAUCGACGAGGGAGGCUAGAUCCUCCACGAAACAAUGCCGAGGACCUGCGCUACCCACCUCCCGAGGGCGAGGAUCGAAGGCGGCUCCCCCCAGUAGGCCCAGACGGCGCCGCGCUUCCUCCAAUAUCCUCCUACCCUACUUCAGGCCCCUCAUACCAAGCAGACCCACGCUAUCCGGAUAGGAGUUACACGGCGGAUCCGAGGUAUCAAUCAGACCCGAGGAGUUGGCAACCAGAACCUCCGGCCUCUAACGGUUACCCUCCCCCGCCGGAUGCGCGGUAUCCUCCACAAACGGAUGCGCGCUACCCUCCGCAGCCGGACGCGCGCUACCCUCCACCGAUCCCCCCCCAGCAUCCACGUCAGUUUGACGACCGUAGGCCGUACGAAGACAGGCGGCAGUAUGACGACCGGCGACAGUACGACGACAGGAGGCAGUACGACGAUCAGAGGAUGUAUGACGAUCAGAGGCAGUACGGUGACCGGAGACCAUAUCCUGAUCCAUACUACGAUGCGCAACAGCAGCCCCCGGCAAGGGCUGGCGGGUACGGACCCGACUACUACAGAUAUCCGCCGCCGGCACCGUAUUCUUACGGAAUGCCGCCGCCACCGCCGCCGCCGCCGCCGCCGCCGUCACAGCAGCAGUCCGCACCCAGACAGAGAACUUCGAUUGCCUGCCGGUAUUGCCGAAAGCGAAAGAUUCGUUGCAGUGGUUACGCGCACACCACCAACGGCAAAUGUGCCAAUUGCGACAAGCUCCGGAUCGAUUGCAUAUUCCAGCCGGUGUCGUCCAAUUCUUCCGCCGCCUUUGUCCCGGUGUCGGCUGUUCCUGGGGGAGUCCCGCCGGGGACGCCACUUUACGGGGCUUAUGGUCAGCCACUGCCCCCGUCGGCCGCCUCAGCUCCGCAAGCUCGCGCUUAUCCAUACCCGCCGUCUGACCACAACACUCCCCCAAUGCACUCUCCCACGGGCUCAUAUCCCCCGUAUGACGACAGAGAUCCCGGGCGCCGGCGGACGCGCCCGCCAGAGGAGGAACACAGCCCCCGACCGCCUCCUCCAAAUUUUCCGGCGGACGAGGACCCGAGGAGGCGGUCUCCUGUUUCGAUCAAUAGCAACGGCACCCCGCCUACGGGUUAUCAUACCUCGUAUCAUCAGAGCUCGUAUGAUCCCGAUCAGGCUCCGACCGCGAGCCAGAACAGCCCCGGUCGUUCCAUGCCGCCACAGCCACCGUUACGGGCACCCCAAGCGGGACCGUCGCAAACGCCGCCGCAGCCGCAAUCCCAGCUCGCGCCCCAACCGAAGGGGCAGCCGAACCCGAUGAGCUUGGAUAACCUGAUAGGCCCGGGUCCGCGUGGCGCGGUCAACGAUAUUGAUCGAAACAUGCUGGGAAGGCUGAACCGGCGGUCGUGAUCCCUCAAAAAGAUCUUUCGAUUGGCAGUGGUAUUGAUGACCUCUGGGGGAGAAGGAGAGAUAAUACGGCAAGGGGUUAGCUGUGCGAUUUUCGCAGUUCACUGCGGUCGUUGAUUCGGGAUAUAGCCCGAAUUCGUCGACAAGAAUCGCGCCGCUUUGGGCAGCCUACCGAGUCUUUUUCCAUCACCUCGGAUGGCGAGAGAAAUAGUGCAAGUCUCAAUUUUUCUUCCCCGCUUUCUCAGAAAUUGCUUCACCUCAUCCUGCGUCAUAUUGCUCUGACAACAUACUGUCGGUCUUGGU